AUGGCAGCUCUGGCACCUCGUUUUGCCGCGCUGGCAUUUCGUCGGCCUCUCAGUGGCAGCGGUUGCAGCGUCAGAGUCUACUCUGCAGGCAGCUUCAGAUCAUCUUUUUCUACAGCACCACGGGCAACGGCGAGAGAUUUGGAAGUGAAGCUCACGGCGCCCAAUGGCAAGACUUGGACGCAGCCUCUCGGGCUGUUUAUCAACAACGAGUUUGUCAAGAGCAGCAACGGCGAGACGAUUGCCUCGAUCAACCCGAGGUGA